AUGCAGCCCACAUUCGCAGGGACAGCUGCCCAGGCGGUUCAAGCCAGGAACCGCAUCCGAAGCCACAUCUACCAGACGCCCCUGAUUCCGUCGCGGAAGAACAACGACGGCAGUGGAACGAGACUCUUCUUCAAGGCGGAAAACUUCCAACUCACGGGCUCCUUCAAGCUCAGGGGAGCAAUGUCCAAGAUGUCGGCCCAGCCAUCCGGCGGCGGCAGCCAGCGUCUGAUAACCGCAUCCUCUGGCAACCACGGUAUCGGCGCCGCGUGUGCAGCGCACGCCCUCUCCAAGAACCUCACCGUUGUGCUUCCCGAGACUGUAGUGCCCGCCAAGCUGCAAAAUAUCCAGUCCUACGGCGUGGACGUGAUUCUCCACGGCACGGAAACCGGUCUCGCAGAACAACACGCACAGAAGCUCGCCGCCGCGGGGGAGUAUACCUACAUCUCGCCUUACAAUGACGCUGACAUAGUCGCCGGGCAAGGGACCAUUGGACUUGAAAUCCUGGAACAGUGUCCGCAGGUCGACAACAUUUUCAUAUCCAUGGGCGGCGGCGGCCUCAUCAGCGGUAUUGGGUCCGUUUGCAAGGCUUUCAGCCCCAAGACCAAGAUAUACGGUGUUUCCGCGAUCAACUCGAUGGCUCUGGCCGAGUCGAUGAAGGCGGGCCGCGUGGUGGAAACAGAGCAUCUGGAUACGCUGGCCGAGGCCGUGGCCGGCGGCAUGGACGAGGACUCCAUCACACUUCCUCUGGCUUCGUCCGUCGUGGAUGAGGUCAUCGAGUGCGAUGAGGAUAGUAUCGUGGCUGCCCUAAGGGCUAUCGCGUUUGAGGAGAACAUGAUUGUUGAAGGCUCCGCGGCACUUGCACUCGCUGGAUACACCAAGAUGGCCGACAAGGUUGCUGGCCAGACCAACGUUGUCGUCUUGUGUGGUGCCAACUUUGACUGGCAACGCCUCACCCGCCUCAUUUUUGGUUAG